GUGUUAUACUAUUUUGAUGCGUGUAUUCUUGAAAUGUUAUAAUUAUUAUGGUCAACGUCGCGUAUAACUUUCUGACAUUUCACGACCGAUUACUGCGGUGACUUUCGAGUUAGUUCUUAAAUAAUAACCUAGAUGUUAGAAGAACAAAAAAUACAAAGCGAUAUUAAUAUGAUUGAAUACAGAGUUUGAAGCUAUGGGUUGACUUUAAUGUGCUUAAAAACAUUUUGAGGAAAAUUUACCACAUUAGUAUCCAUCAAUCCGCAAUGGAAUGCAUCGCAGCGAGGUGGAAUAAAUUCUCACUUCUUUUUUUUUUCUUCACACCAAAAAGAAAGAAGACCCAGCAGUGGGACAUUGACUUCACUCACAUUUAUCCAUAACAUUAAUGACAAUGCUGAAAAUGUACUAUAAACAAUAACGAAGGCACUCUUAUAAUAAAUUAGCACUCUUGAAUUUCUCAAAGCGAGUAAAAUAAUCACUACACACUGCAACUAUAUUAAUAAUCUAGUAUUGUCUAAGUUAUGCGUCUUCUCAAAUAUUCCUCGCAUCUUAAUCACAGUAUUACGAAGUGGUUAUGUGGUAUUAAGGUUGCUAUUGUAUAGAGUGACAAGAUUAGAAGUAAUAUUGCGUUGCAUCUAUUUACUUAUUUUCGUUUUCUAGUGUAUAUUUAUCUUAACUGCUUCUCUUUAAUGUAUUGCAAAUUCGACAUAAAGUUUUUUUUUUUUAAAUAAUUCCUUACGAUUUCUUAAGGUUUUUAAAAAAAAGUAUUGCAUACUGCAGAUUUCGAUCGCCUGACGUGAAAUUUAGUGCAUAGAUAUUUUUAGGCAGAAAGAUUCGAACUCGGGUACAUUAUCGUGUUUAUCAAUGUCAUAUGGUACACUAAAUGUAAUUUAAAAACGAUUAAUUAUCAGCAACGUGUGUUGACUCAUUUUCAAUUAUUGAAAUUUAUUUAUUUAUGUAUUAUAAUAUUAUGAAUUUAUUCCUAAGUUGAUUAUUUUGCGCGAAUGUUAUUUAAAACGCACAUCAUGCUCGUAUAUAUUUCCUCGCUACUGAACACUAAUAUAACGUCUCCGGUAUUACAUCGCUUGAAAGUAAAAGUGGGUGGAACUGUACGAGUUACCACGAUAAGCGCAGUUACUGCCGCGACCUGUUUGGUGCGCUCUUGCGGGUCAAGCAAUAUAAUAUAGUUUUUAAGAAAAUUCCCUUUAGUGCUGUGUUACUAAAAAUGAUUAUUCUGUAUUUAAUCAUUGUUAUAGUAAUGCUAGCUAUGGUUGUUGGCUUGUAUCAGAAAAACACAAAUAUAAUAUGCAAAUCUAAAAAGAGACUUGAUGGAAAAACGGCUAUAGUUACUGGAGGAACGUCAGGAAUGGGUCUCCGUAUUGCCACGGAUUUCGCUGAUAGAGGAGCUCGAGUGAUCGUAGCUUGUCCAUUUGUCGAUGAAGGUACUCGUGGGAGGAAAUUCAUCGUCGACAAAACUGGCAACGAAGAAGUUAUUUUUAAACUCCUUGAUCUAUCAUCUACUGCAUCGAUACGUAAAUUUGCGGAUGAUGUCAUCAAAACUGAAAAAAGACUGGACAUUUUAAUUAACAAUGCAGGUGUUGGUAACGUCGAAGAUUUUACUACAAAAGAUGGGCUGAAUUUCACAAUGCAAGUGAAUUAUUUUGGACAAUUCUUAUUAACGUUAUUACUGCUGCCUUUAUUGAGAAAGACGGGAAACACCUUGGAACCUUCUAGAAUUGUGAAUACAGCGUCAAUUUUGCACAAUAUAGGAAGCGUUAAUUUUGAUAAAAUAAAUUGUCCCAAUUAUUGGUAUCCAAUACGAUUGUAUGCAAAUAGCAAACUAUGUUUGAUAUUAUUUACUCGAGAGUUAGCAAAGAGGUUGAAAGAUAUAAAAGAAUUUAAUGUUAAAGUUAACUCCGUGGAUCCAGGUGCUGUUGGUACUACUAUUUUUAACACGGCAGGAAAGUACUACGGUGGUUUUAUAACAUUUUUAUUCUCGGUUCUAUUCAAAACUCCUUGGGAGGGUGCGCAAACCGCUAUCCAUGUGGCCUUGGAUAAGAAGGCUGGGCUCAUGAGUGGGGAGUUUUUUAAGAAUUGCAAAUUAUCUCGAGCCAAACAGACUGCGUAUGAUGAUCAAUUGGCUUGUAAACUUUGGGAAGAAUCUCAAAAACUUAUUGGUUUAUGUAAAGAUGAAUAUGAACAAUGUUUUCAAGUCUUAAAAUAAUUGGUCCAGGUCACUUUCGAACAAAAAUAAAUCAUAUGCCGUCGUUAUGAACGUAUCGAUUUGUAUGAUUUCUUUGUUUUAAAGGAAAUUAUUUUAAAGGUAAUGGUGAUAAUAUAGUUUAUGCAUUAUCUUUAAAUAUACGUUAAAAAAUAUAAAUAGAACAGUAACUGUUUAUUGAAGCGAUCAUUGACAUAAUACGAGCUAUGAAUGAAGAUUAAAAAUUUUAUACUCUCAGGAUCUUUUUUUUUUCAUUGUAGCCGUGAAAUAAAUUUAGACCUCCAUACUUGUAUUUUUUAAUUUAUUUUUUAAAAACCAAAGAUUAAAAUCAUAUUCACGGUUAUUAUUCUAAUCGAAUUUAAGUUUUUUUUAGGCUUAGAUAAGUAUUAAUUUAUAUAAAUUGCCAUUUAUACAACCAAUUAUAAAGCCAUUAAAAUUAUUCACCAUUAAUUGAAUAUUUUGUAAUGUGAUAUGCGUGUAAGUAAGUACAUGAAUAAAUGCGACAUUAAAACAAAAAAUAUUAAUUAACACAACACCUUGUUUUAUU